AUGUUUGCAAAGUUGAGCAGUAUUUUACACCAACGUACUUAUUACGAGAUUUUAAAGCUGAUCGAAGAUUUAAUAACAUCUGGCGUCAAACCACCACCAGAUUCAACACGUGAAAUAUUGUUGGCAUGGCAUACUACGAACUGUACCAACAUCGUCCACUCAUCAUUAAUUAUUGAUCCACCAUCAACUAAAUUAUCGUCAGUGGCUCAACAACAGCAGCAACGACAAUUAAUGAAUGCUUUUCAUGAUGUAUUCUUGCCACCGUGCCUUACGAGUGGAAGAUCAACCACAACGACACCUAAUUCUACUAUGCUAAAUGGUUCACAUGAUUGCAUGUUACAAUUAGCAGCACGUGAAUUGGCAAAUUCAACGAAUUCAUUGAACAUCACCUCAACAUUAUCAAAACAUUAUACAACAGUAAGGUGA